AUGGGGUUUGGUGAGAGGUGGAUGAGAUGGAUGGAUAGUUGUAUAUUUACCAACAUGAUGUCCAUUCAUAUCAAUGGUAGCACUACCAAGGAAUUUAUAGUGGAGAAAGGUCUUCGGAAAGGUGACCCGUUGUCACCUUUCUUGUUCAUUUUAGUGAUGGAGGUUCUUACGGCCUUAUUGAAGAAAUCAAAAGAGUUGGGGGAAUUCUGCGGUUUUAAGAUUAAAGGUGACAAAGAGGUGGAUUUGUUACAAUUUGCGGACGACACCAUUAUCAUAGCCGAAGGAAAUACUGCAAAUUUGUGGAGUAUGAAAUCUAUCCUUAGAGGUUUCGAGUUGAUGUCGGGUUCUCGGAUUAAUUUUCAUAAGAGUAUUUUUUAUGGAUUUAAUGUGGGUGAGUGGUAUUUGGAAGCCGCGUCUUCAUUUCUUUCUUGUAAAGUGGGAUCAUUGCCUUUCAAAUUCCUUGGAGUGAGGGUGGGUGACAAUCCUAGGAAGCUCUCAAUGUGGAAAGAUCUUAUUAUGAUGUUAAGAGGAAAAGAUUUUUCGUGUGGAGAGGCCCCAAAGAAGGUGUUGAAUGAGAUUAGAUCAUUUCAAAGCAAGUUUCUUUGGAGUGGAGGUGAUCUUAAAAAAUCGAUUAAUUGGGUGUGUUGGGAUACAGUGAGUAAAACUCGGGAAGGAAGUUUGGGAGUUAAAAGUGCUCGUGAUGGAGGCAAAUGGAGAUGGAACUUUGAGUUGCUGUUUGGGGCUGGGAGUGCGGCUCCUGUUUCCACUGUCGGGGCUGGCAGCGCUGGUGAUAUUGUUGCUGUCGGGCAUCCUUUUUCAGCUAGUAUGCAGAGUAUGGCAGCGAUUUUAUAG